CUCCCAUCCUUUACAGAAAGUCCGCUACUUGCUCCAAUAUGACACAGAUUGAGAUAGUGAGAAGAUCAACGCACCCACUUCAGACCAAUUCGGCGCAGAAGAUCAGCACCGCCUUCAAAUGCAUCCAGAUCCGUUUUCUUAUUCUACGACUUUCAUCCACCACGCAGGCCGGUUUUUUUUCAUUUCCCAAAACCAAAGCAGGACAGGGAAGCUGAUAGACUCACUUACAGCCCAGACCUCACAGCUCGGCGCAUCAUCAUCAGAACGCGCACGAUCGGAGGCGGCGGAAUUGUGGACGCG